CUCCCUGGAAUUUGUGUGGUACCAGGUCGCUUUACGGGAAAAGACUGCUCCAAUUUAGCCUGGAAUUACCCAGCUUUAGACUUUUAUCAGGGUGCUCAAUCUGUAAAAAGAAUCACCAAACUGAUAAAACCAGUACAGCGUGGAUCAAACUGGUAAAUCAGGGUACCGAGACAACUGUCAAUCCAGCGAAAAAGAAACGGACAACUUUCAAGCCCACAGGGUAACUGACAAAGGAUUUUACGACACAGUGAGAGAUAGGGUAAUGUAUAUAAAAGGAUGCAAGAAUCACAGGAAACUCACAUAUCCAACCACCUGGAUGAAAUUGUUGCUGCCGUCAGCAUAACACCUAGAAAGAAACUGCAAAACCAGCUGCUUCAGAGAGCACUGUUCCAGCCUCCUCGGGAGAAACUCCGCCUCUCUGAAGAGAAAGCAAAGUCCUAUGCCAGCAGUCAUGAGUACAAAAAGGCUCUCCACGAGCUUGUGCACUGCAUGGCUCUGACAAGGAUCUGCUAUGGUGAUGCCCACUGGAAGCUGGCCGAGGCACACGUUAACCUGGCUAAGGGUUAUCUCCAGCUGAAAGGAAUGUCACUACAAGCAAAACAACAUGCAGAAAAAGCCAAAGAAAUCCUCACCAGUUCCAUUGUGCCUCCAUACAAUGACAAUACAGAUGUUUUCAAGUGUUCAGUUGAGCUGUUCCAUACCUUGGGGCAAGCCUUACUGUCCCUUCAAAAGUUCAAGGAAGCGUCAAAGAAUUUGACAAAGGCGGAGAUACUUUCAAAGGAGAUGCUCCAAUGUGGAAAGAUUAUAAAAGAAGAAUGGAUGGAAAUUCAAGCGCGGAUCAAAUUGUCAUUUGCACAGGUAUAUCAAGGUCAGAAGAAAUCAAAAGAAGCUCUGCCCCACUACCAAGAGGCUUUAGAAUAUACUGAGAUCAGUAGAGGUGAAAAAAGUCUUGAGUGUGUACCAAUACUGAGGGAAUUGGCAGCUGCAGAGCAAGCCCUGGGAUUUCAUGAUGCAUCCAUCAACAACCUUUUACAGGCGCAUCUCAUCGUUCUGAGAGGAAGCCCCUCUCGAGAGGAGGCAGCCACGUCCGCACACUCCAUCGCCUGUGCCGCCGUCGCGUCCGGGAGGCCUGAGCACCAUGAUGUGGCUGAGCAGUAUUUUCAGGAUAGCAUGGCUAAUCUCAAGGAUGCUGAAGGGAUGGAGAAAGCCAAGUUUCUUUCAAUUCAAGAUGAUUACUGCCAUUUCCUACAAGUCACUGGACAAGACGAGAGAGCCACUUCAAUCCUCAGAGAGUCCCUGGAGGCCAAAGUGGCAGUGUUCGGUGAUUUCAGUCCUGAGGUGGCAGAGACAUACCGGCUCCUGGGUGUGGCCGACCUGGCACAGGGGAACCAGACUGGGGCCCAAAAGAAACUGAAGAAGUGUCUUCAGAUCCAGACCCUCUUAUAUGGACCCCAGGACAAGAGGACUCUGGCCACCCAGCAAACCAUGGACAUCCUGUCCAAGGCCCCCGAGGUGCCCGCGAGGCCGCGGCCGUCCCCCGGAGCCAAGGCGGCCUUCUGCGCCGGCGGGAGGCCGCACAGCGUGCCUGGGCGCGCCAGGCCCAGCGCCGCCGACUGAGCCCGCCCUGCCGCCCCCCGGGGUGCGCCCCCCAGGUGCCCCGCACAUCUCUCCUUCCGGAACGGAGCCUUCGACAGCCGCUGCUCCGAUUUCUAGGCCGACUGUGUGCUCCGAAUGCAAAGCCACCCCACACCUCCCAUGGGCCCCAUGUGGACAUUGGUGCCCCUCCUGGUGACCUGCCCUUCUAUAAAGCAUUUUUCUUUCUGCUACCUUAGUGGUUUCUUCUGGCCGACAAGAGUUACCAUCAGCACUGCUGCGGCUGCAGGCUUCGCUCCCUCACCAUCUGAUUGUGUAUGGGGUGUACAGCCCCUUGUGCAGGGUCUGGAGUCAGAUUUGGAGCAGGAAGAUUGUGGACAAAAAGCUCUUUCUUAUAGGAAGGUAAUAGGGGUUGAGAAUAAAAUGCUAAUAAAA